CCAAUCUAGUCAUUCGAAAUCUCUAUGCGCCUCUGUCUCGGUCAUUACUUCCUUUGCAUUUUCCUGAGCGGCAGCGGCGAGAGAAUGUUGGCUACGAAAGCUUUGCGCGUUCUGGGAAAACGGGCCAUCUCUACCUCCGUUUGCCUUCGUGGUGGACAUGGGGUUGCCAAGGUGGAAGAAUACACUCUUCCACCAUAUUUUGAUCGACCAGAGAAUCCCCUCCCAGAUGUGAAGUUUGUGCAGACACUGAACCCGGAGCAGAUGUCCCUCAAGGAGAAAGAAAAGGGUUCUUGGGCAACCCUCUCCAAUGAUGAGAAGAUUGCAUUGUACCGCAUCAGCUUCCAGCGGAGCUUUGCUGAAAUGACCAGGGCGACGGGCGAGUGGAAGUCUGUGGUGGCUGGGAUGUUGAUGUUUUUCGGCCUGACUGGUUUUAUUGUCGCCUGGCAGAGGAAAUAUGUUUACGGCGACGUGCCCUACACCUUCUCCCAGGAAUACAAGGAGCAGGAGCUGCAGAGGGUGCUGGAUAUGCGGAUGAACCCCGUCGAGGGCAUAGGGAACAGUUGGGACUAUGAGAAUAAGCAGUGGAAGAAGUAACGCGAACACGCCAGAGCACAAGACACAAAAUACGUUCCAAUAAAUCAGUGUGGGUAUUCACUUAUCAACCUUACCUCUUAAGCAACCCGGAAGACCACUUCCCUUCCUCUUAAGGCUACUGUACAUUAUUUAAAAACUCAAAUAAAAGUUCCAGUGUUACCCGAAAA